UUGGAGAUGAAAUGGCAGAAGACGACGAAAAUGCGACUUUCCAAUCCACACUAGAGAUCCAUGGCGCAGCUCACCAGGUCAAACUCACUCCGACACACAUUUUCUGGGAAAACAUCUAUAAUCGGCAACCAGCAAAAUGCCAACAGGAGGAGCCAUUAUUUCGUCAUUUUGCCCAUUGUGUUCCAGUGAAGGAGAUACUAUGUGUAAAUCCAACCUAUGGAAAGUCGUACACUGAUGACUUGAACCAAGACCAACGCAACCAUGGGUCACCGGUCUAUAUUGAAAUGCGGCCUCUCAAGCCACAGUCAUUUACUCUCAACUAUGUCAAACGGUCAUCUCGCUUCAAAUGGAAGGUGAAAACAAUCACGUUUACCAGCAAGGAAGCCUACCUCUGUCAACAAUGGGUGUUCAGAAUCAGGAAUGCCAUCGACAAACUUGGUUUGCCAAGACCAGAGAGCCUGUUGGUAUUUGUGAACCCUUUUGGAGGGAAGAGACGUGGACCAAAAAUUUAUUCUGAGAAGGUGGCACCAUUGUUUGAAAUGGCAGGCAUUCGUACAGAUGUCAUCAUUACCCAGAGACAGAACCAUGCCAGAGAUAUUCUACAGACCUACGACUUAUCCCGUGUGGAUGGUGUGAUAUGUGUGGGAGGUGACGGCAUGUUUGCUGAGUUACUUAAUGGUCUGAUAGAUCGAAAGAACAGGGAAUUGGGGCUACCGCAGUGUAAAGACCAGGUACCAGCAUCACCAGAGCUUCGUAUUGGAGUCAUCCCAGCUGGAUCAACCGAUGCCGUUGUUUACACGACCAUUGGUAUCAAUGACCCAGUGACCUCUGCUCUCCACAUCAUUGUCGGUGACAGUACAGGUUUGGAUGUAGCUGGGGUGUACUCAGCAGAACAACUGAUGCGUUACAAUGUGACCAUGUUGUCCUAUGGGUACUAUGGUGACAUGUUGAAAGACAGUGAAAAGAAUAGAUGGAUGGGACCAAAGCGAUACCAUGUAUCAGGUGUGAAGAAAUUUCUCGGCAACAAAUCUUACGAAGGUGAGGUAUCCAUACUGUUAUCACCUAAUUCAGAUACAAGCCCCCGGGACAAGACUCCGUGUGUUUCUGGAUGCAACGAAUGCCGUCUUUCUCAGAUGAGAGAAGAGGACAUGGUGCCCACCAGAAAUAUGUCAGCGGUGUCUAGUGAUGGGCCUGGUUCAGAUGGCUGGCACAGAAUCAGGGGUCGAUUUAAGGUGCUAAGCAGCUUCACCAUGAGCUGUCGUAAUGCUUUAACGCCCUAUGGAAUGGCCCCAGGGGCACAUUUGGGAGAUGGAACAACAGAUUUGAUGAUUAUAUCUGAUUGUUCAAGGGCUAAAUUCCUAAAACACUUAUUACGAUGUCAAGAUAAAAAUGCUGAUCAUUUUGACUUCGACUUUGUCCAAGUAUACCGAGUGAAAGAGUUUAGGUUCCGAAGCCUACAUGAUCAAUGUGAGGAUGUGGAGGAUGGGAAUCGGGCAGCAGGGCUGACCAGGAUCAACCAUUCCCAGGGUAAUGCUUUCAACCCUAAUAUCAGUCUAUGGAACUGUGAUGGUGAAAUCCUGGAAACAACCAACCUUCACAUAAAAGUUCAUUGUCAGUUGAUCAAGAUAUUUGCCCGUGGAAUAGAGGAGAAUGAGAUUAGUGUGCAGUGUCCAUCUUGCUGUACCUCAUGUGAGACGGACAGUUGACUGGAGAUAUCGUGAUAAAAACCUGUGUAUCUUUGUCUCAGGAAGAGGAAACAUCAUUGAUUCAUAGAAGCUUCAUUAAUGUAUUGAAGAAAAUUGAAAAUUAUUGAAAGAAUGAAGAACAGGUAUAAAAAUAAUUGCAUAUCUCCCAUUUCAGUAGUACAUAGACAAAAAAGUUCAACAAAAGUUUCUCAUUGAAAAAUCGAAAUAUAUAUAAAUAAGUUAUUUCACUGCUUCAACAAAGAUUAGAUUUUAAUGGCAAUGAAAAGGGGGACCUAUAAUUCUUCUUAUCAUUUUUACUUUUUGAUAGACAAGAAAUCUGUUGAUUUGGGAAAAAGAAUCAACAUGACUAAAUUAUCAUUGUGCUUGUCAGUUUCCAGAGUUAGAAUUCAAAUAUGGUAGGCUAUUAUACAGUAUGCAGCCACAGUUUGGUAAUUUGUCUUUUUUUCUCUGUAUAGAUAUGCAAUUGAAGUAAUACCUUAAAUGGAAUGAAAUUAACUUUAUAUUUUCUUAAAAAAAAAAAAUAUUAAACAAAUCAACAGGUUAUUUCUGGAAAGUAUGCAGGUUCAUGUUUGAUCAUGUACAGACAUAGAUACUGGGUAAUUAAGACCUGUGUUGUCUUUCAUGAUCCUUAUCAAAUUCUGUUGUUGUUUGAUGUUGUCUACAGAAGAUUUAUUGUAUUUGUAAAUACUGAGCAUACUCUAAACUCUAUUUGAUAUCAUGGAAAUUGAUGAUUUGAGUGUAUUGACAUGAUGUAUUAUACAUUAUUAAUGUGUUAACAUGUUUUGAUAUGGUGUAUUAAAACUAGAUUAUACAUCCUAGUUUAAUGUAAAAAUGUGAUACUGAGCAAUAAUAGGAAUUCAAAAUGAAAGUAACAGAUUUUUAAAGUCUCUGUUUUGAAAUAAAAGAAAAAUAAAAUCUUAUGUAAAUUUUUCUUAAUUAGGACCUUAACUGGCCUAGUGCUUACAUUUUUAUUCAAUCAUUCAUUUCAGUGUUUUUUUUUUGUUGUUUUUUUUUUUUGCUUUUGUUAUAUUUAUGUUCUGUAUCUAAUUUUGUGUAAAGGAAAGUUCAUUUUUUCAGAACUAACUUAAGUUUAAUUUUGUCAGUGUACUCAACACUCAUAAUUUAAUAUACAACCAUGCUUAAGAACAUAUUUUUCAUUCAAAAUAACAGGGUAUUUAAAAGUAAUGAGCUCUCAAGUCAAUUUUUGUUGUCUUGGAUUUCUAUUCUUAAUGGUAAAUAUAGAAAUUGAUUCAUAAAUCCAACUUUAAUCCACAUAGAUUUUUUUCCCCAUUCUACAUAUAGAGAAUUUAUUAAUGCUACUUAUUAUGAAUGUGUCAGUUUUUCUAUUAAGAACAAAACUAUUUUGAUAACUCAUCGUGGACCGGUGCCUCCGAUACUCAUUUUUAGUGAAAAGAUAUCAGUUAAACUCCACUCAUCAUCAGUGAGAGUUUGGGACCAAGAUACAGUAUAUACUAGUUCAGUCAAGUAGCUUUAAUUUGGCUAGAACAUAUACAGUAUAUACUAGUUUAGUCAAGUAGUUUUAAUUUGGCUAGAACAUAUACAGUAUAUACUAGUUCAGUCAAGUAGUUUUAAUUUGGCUAGAACAUAUAGAUUUUAUAUAUAUAUUGGAUGUUUAUGUAAUCAGAACUGGUCAGUGUUGAUCACUAUGGCCACCUACUUAAGAACACCCAUCUAGAAUUCAGAUAUCCAGAGGUAAAAUCUCGUCCUGGUUUUCACACAUUUCUGCAUCUGUUACAAGUAAAUUAAAAGGUUUGAUUUUGCUUGAAAGAAGCACCUCUAAUUUGCUUUCCUAUCAUUCAUUUAUAAUAAUACCAGUAAUGCUUUUUCCUCUUGAUAAACACUAUCUAUAAAUAUUAUAUACAAUUAAUGAACAAUUACUAUACUUAACAUGACAUGACUAAUUGACAGUACAGGUCCAGAUGACUUUAUAGGAUGUGUACUCUGUGUUGUAUGCCUUAUUAGGACUUUAGAAAUCCAUCUUACCGCUGGGAUGAUGUUGACAAGUAUGAUAUAAGUGUGAUACAAUAAUAUGAUAGAAUAUGGUUUCCAUUUAUUCUUUUAUAUUUGUUUACUCAGUAGACAGUAAAUUUUCUGUCAAUGCUGUUGUUAGACACAGGUUGAGAUAUUAAGACAGAAUUAAUAAUUAACUUCAGAGCUGUACAGAAAAAUGAAGCAGAAAUCAAAAACAAAUUAUCAACUUACAUUGUCCUGACAGCAGUCAUUUGGUGUUACUGUGGCGGGAGUAAGUUUGUUUGGACAAAGUGAUAGAGUGUUAGACUGAAGUCAGGAUGGUGCUUAAUGUAAGUAGGUAGUUAUCAAUGCUAUUGAUAACCAAAAUGUGGCAUCAUUACUGCCAUCAUUUACUGAUAAAAGAUCAGUUCAUCAAAGUUGGCAUAGGCAAGUUUAUAUGUAGUGUGUAGAAAGGUACCACAUACAUGAUGGAUAGAUUUAUUUAACACUCUAUAUGUUUUUUAUCUUUGGGUUUCAAUAUUCAACAAAACACUAAUAGCAGAAAUCAAAAACAUUUCUAAACCAAUGAAGCAAAGCGUUAAAUUUUUUAAAAUUUGUUUUAAAUGUGAACACAGUGUGUCUUAUUACUUUUGUAUGUUAAAUGUUGUUGUCACCUGUUGACCAGUUAUUUCUAGUACAAUAUCUGGUUCACUACAACUGUUAUAGUAGAUCUUGUUUCAAGGGCUUAAGCAUUUUCAAUUAAUCAAAGCAAACAAUUAUUUACACCCCAUGGAGCUUCCAUCUCCAAAAUAUCAGCAUUUCUGUAGCUUUGAAGUUUAUUUUACAACAAUUGCCUAACAAGUGAUGUAAGCUUAUACUAAUCACUUGUGUAAGUUUGAAGGGAAGGGGGUACCUGUGUACCUGGAGAAAAUCAUUUGGUUGGACAAGAUUUCUCACAUACUUCACAGGGUUAUCCGGUGGUUGCUAGGGAAAAGAUAAAUCGAUCUCACACAGGGGGGUAAAGACAGACGGCACGCCCUAUAUGACACUGCUCACAAUAACGUAACAGCAUCAUUUAACGUUGAGUAACCAAGUCGUAAAUGAUGACGUCAUCAAUUUUGAUGCACAUUCCAAGAAGGAUUGAAGAUGGCGCUAUGAAAAACUUUCAUAAAAACUUAUAUUUGCUUGCAAGUAUGUGAGAAAAAUAAUCAAAGAUAGGUCUUUUUCCAUGCACAAGGAUAUCUCAACCCUCAUGUAAGAGUUUGGCUGGCCAGCACUCGGCAAGCCCCGUGCUACCUAGCCAAACUCUUACACUUGGGGUGAGAUGUCCCUGUCCAUGGAACAGACCCAUGUUAGAUUCUAUUAAUCUUUUCACCUCUGAUUGUGGAAUCAAACCCAGUUGUCUAGGUGAAAGGUAUGUAUGUUACCACGGUGCCACCUCACCACCCAGCUUUAGUGAGCAGUGUUAGGCUUUAGAUAAUAAUCACUACGUGACAUUAAUGUUGGUGCUUCGUUACCUUUUAGUAUUAUAUCUUGCUAGUUAUCUGAGUCUAAAUCAGUUUUCUUAUAAUGUUUGAGCUUUUGUAGAAAUAAUUUGAAUACGAUAGAGUAGAUCUCGGUUAUCCUAAUCAGUUUUCUAAUAAUGAACGAGCUUUUGUAGAAAUAAUUUGCCUAUGAUGGAGUAGAUCUCGAUCAUCUUCAUCAGUUUUCUAAUAAUGUACGAGCUUUUGUAGAGAUAAUUUGACUAUGAUAGAGUAGAUUCCUGUAAUCUACUGCCACCAAUGUCCGUUAUGUCAUAGAUGUUAUGAUGGAUUUUGUAACAGAGCGACACUGUUAUAUUGAGUUUAUUAAACAAAUUCAUAAAUUUUAUUCAACACAAGCCUUUAGUGUCAUACCAAUAUACAUUUGUGUGUAUGUAUAUCAAACUAGAAAUUCAUUGUGAUAUAAACAGGAAUAUAAUAUUCUAUUAAUUACGUAAACAAGAAUUAAGUGGAAAACUUCCAGUUAAUUUGCAUAUACAAGUACAAUGUAUAUUAUUUUUUUAAGACACUUGUGUGACAUCAUUAUUUACAAUGUCACUAGUGUUAUAAAUCAGUGUCAUGCAUUGUCUAUGACAUAGGGAGUAUUACAUAUGGUAGAACAAACUAGUUAUCUCAAAUAGGAAUUAAUGAAAAUUUAGGAAACUGAAAUAAUGGUGAUAAUCAAGAUGGCAGGUAAAAUAAGGGGCAUUAUAUUAUGCAUCAAAAUGCCAUGUUUAUAUUUUUUGUGAAUAGUAAUUAGAUAUAAUGGUAAAAAUUCAACUGUCAAAUUUUAGAUAUUGAGAAAAUAUUGUCAAAGGUCAUCCUCAAGACAUUAUUGAGUCAGAGGCACAUAUGAGUUUGUUUGAGAUAAAUUUGAUUAUAAUAUUAAAAUUUGACAACUAUAUACCAACAUAUCUCUGUACCCAUAUGUUAAUGAUUGUUUGAUACUGUCAUCUGUACGCGAGUGGUGCUGAGUCUUAGUUGUAGAUUUCAAACAAAGCACAUGUGUAUUUGAGAAAUUCUCCUUUGGCUAUAAUCCUGAGGAAUUGAUGUAAUAUAUCCAAUGGAGUGGAUUUAUAGGAUAUUCAUUAUUUACAUAAGAUGUGAAGUCACAUGUUACUAGGAAAUUUGUAGAAGCUAUCCGCAUCUUGUUCCAUGAUACUGAGAAUAUCACCAUUAACACAUGACACUUUAGUAUUAUGAGAUACACCUGCAAAAUUUUCAUUGUACAUUAUGAAUCUUUUCAGUGUACAUUUAAUGUUUUCAUGGUGUUUUUUAUUUAGUGUUAAAUCUCUUUAUUUAAUAGAGAUUUUUUUUUAAAUUUUAGCAAUCUAUAUGAACUUGUGAAAUAUUAUUGUAUUACAUUCCUCAGUAACCACAAUAGCAAUGAAUGUUGAAAAGAUAUCAUAUUGGUACAGUACUAAAUGAUAAUAUGUAGACGUAGUUGAAAAAAUCUGACCAGUUAUUUGUUCUGUACUUGGUAAUUUACUGAUGGUACAGUGUCUUAGAUACAUUUAGCCUGUGAUCCGGAGAGAAAUGUAUUGACAGUAUCUACAGUAUGGUACAGUGUCUUAGAUACAUUUAGCCUGUGAUCCGGAGAGAAAUGUAUUGACAGUAUCUACGGUAUGGUACAGUGUCUUAGAUACAUUUAGCCUGUGAUCCGGAGAGAAAUGUAUUGACAGUAUCUACAGUAUGGUACAGUGUCUUAGAUACAUUUAGCCUGUGAUCCGGAGAGAAAUGUAUUGACAGUAUCUACAGUAUGGUACAGUGUCUUAGAUACAUUUAGCCUGUGAUCCGGAGAGAAAUGUAUUGACAGUAUCUACGGUAUGGUACAGUGUCUUAGAUACAUUUAGCCUGUGAUCCGGAGAGAAAUGUAUUGACAGUAUCUACGGUAUGGUACAGUGUCUUAGAUACAUUUAGCCUGUGAUCCGGAGAGAAAUGUAUUGAUAGUAUCUACAGUUAGCCAUGUUACCAGAUAUUUCAUGCUGUUUGCAUUUUAAUGUCAUAUAGCUUCAUUGCGUGAUUGUUUACAAGUAGACAAACAAUAUAUGGAAAAGAGUAAUAUAAUCUUUAUAUUGACAUGAUUAGUGUUUUUAAGUUAGAAGUUUUCUUGAUCAAUGCACGUUUGAUAACUUAAUCAAUGCAGUAGAUAUUGGAUGUUUACAUAAUGUUUAUAUGUAUCAUCAGUGUAAUUAAUGUUUUAUAUUCUGACAAUGCAAUUUACAUCUAUCAUUAUUAUCUUAAAACUAAUUAACAUAUGUAUACAAUAUCAUAUCAUUUGAAUCAGCUCUAAUGUAAGAUUUUCUUUGGAGAAAUAUUUCUUUUAGAUUCUACUUAAAUAAUGUACAGAUCUUUCGUUUGCAUAGCACAUUUUUUUCUUAUUCUAAUGGGAAAUUGGUUUUUAAGAUUCAUAUUAUUUGGAAGUGGAAUCACUUUGUUGUCUAUUUGUCAACAAACCAGUUUUAUUCACAUACUUGUUGAUCUAGUUGCUCUUUUACUCAUUAGCUGAAGCUUUAGUAUUUUAUUUGUGACAGUGGCAAACAUUCAACUAUGAAAGAAAUCCUCAACAGGAAAGCUUUCUUUUAAAAUUUUAGGUGGUUAACAUAUUUGGCCUUCUCCCUCGACUCUGGAUGAUUUCAAGUAAAAUUUUUCAGCUAAGAAGGGAGACAACUCUUGCAAAAAUGCAAGUUUUUGAAACAAACAACAAAAACUGAUAUUUUAACCAAAAGUGUUCUUGUACCAUCAUUAACUACAAUUGUAGUCAUGUAUUAUAAUAGUUUUGAAAACAAUCUAACAUACAUAUUUUUAUUAAAACUACACUAAUUUUGCUAAUGGUAAGUCUAUACAACUAGUUCUUCAAGUAAUGCUUGUUAGGGUUUGAUUUGAAUCAUUUGAUGCACAUUGUUUUUGUUUUGUUUUUAUCUUGUUGAUUUUUCUAUAGUGAUUAUUUAAAUGCAAGUUUUGUUUUGUUUGGCAGAUGGUGUCAAACCUAUUGUGUAUCUAAUGUUGAGUUUCUAGCUGUGUAUCUAUAUAUAUUGUAAUUUUUGAACUGCAGUGUAUUUUAUUAGCCAUGUACAUGAUUGUAUAUUUUGAUAGCAAUAUAAGAAGAGUUUUGUCCACUAGACGGUAUUUUUGAAAUCUGAUAAUUUUUGAUGUGUAUGUCUUCUCUAAGGUUAUAAAAAUGAUAAUUUGAUAAAAGAAAAUUAUAAAACAUUUUGUGUUUUGGAAAUACCUAGUUUACCAAUACCUUUACAUGCAAUAUCUUGGUAUUUUAGAUAAGUAUGAGUGUAAGAUCUGUAUGCUAUCAUUGUAGACGUAUGGUAUGUCAUAUUUCUAUGUACUUCUCUGAAUGUAAUGGAGGAUUAGACUUCGUAUACAUCAUCUGUAAUAUGUAUUCACAAGAUUUUAUGAAGUAAUAACAUAUAGAUUGUAACAUGUAACUUUCUGAUUUCUCCGAUUACAAGCCAAUCAAAAUACAGGUCUCUGUCAUGGCUCAGUUUCAUCAACAUCUCUUAACUUAAAAUUUUCCAUAUGAAAGCUUUGAUUGGAUGCCAGAAAAAUCUUACUCAAGACAUUUUUCUUAAAUUCUAUUAAUGUUUUUUGUUAGAAAAUCUUAAAGAAUUUCCUUAAGUUAAAAAUGUUAAUGAAACCAGACCUGGGUAGUUAAUCUGUAUUGAGAAUCUGUAAAGUAGGGUAUUACUGCAAGCAGUCCCUCAAAAGAAUUAAUUCUACAUGAACUCCACUUCAACAGCAAGAUAUAUAUACAUGUAUAUAAUAGAUUACCUCCCAAAAUAGGUUUGAUCUCAUAGCUGUUAGAUAUUCUACAAAACAUGACUAUUUAUAAUUAUUUAUUUUCAAAUGGAUGUACUGUGGAUUUCAGCUUUUUAAAGAAGUGGUUCUAUACUGUUAGUUACAACCUGAUGUCUCUCAAAGCUAUGUUGACAUUCUGUACUUAUAAAAUAUUUUGAAUAGACAGGCUUCUACAACUACUGAUCAAGCUGAAGGUCUUUUAAAAUUUUAUAUUAGAACCUUUAUAAAAUUUGAAAUUAAAAAAACAAAAAAAAAAAAACCAAUGGCAAAAGUAACAAUUACUACCCUUGGAUUUAUAUGUUGUCAAAUUUAAUGCCUUCGCACAUGGAGUGGAAGACUUAAUCAAACAAGGUACCGGUUAUAUCUUAUUUGUGUUUAGUAUUUAGUAUAAAAUAUAGGAAGUUAAGUUUGUGGUCAAUGACCAUAUGGAACGGAAAUGCAUUCCAUUGUUAAAAAAGCACAAACUCCUUACAUUAGCAUCACCUAUAUCACAUUACAGCAGUGUUUAUUAUGCCUUUACAAAAGGAAGAUGUUACAGCUGUAUAUGAUCCUGAAGUGUAGGAACUGCCACUGCUUCAUGUAUCUCUGUCUUUAUCCAGCAUUUCCGCAAUCUUGGAAUAUGUUACUGCUGUGGGGACAGAGAUCUCGGAAAUUUGUCAACAUGGUACAUAACGUGGCUUAUUUCAGUUCAUGCACAUGAUUGACACAGAUCCUCAUCCAGGGUCCGUGUAUGUGUGGGGAUCUGGGAUGCACACCUGUGGGUUCGACUGAACAUCAGUGGUCAGUUCCUCAUGGUACUGCAUGUAAGAGUGUAAAGAGGAGUAGUUAGAUGUGUUGUAUUGGCAUAGGCGAUUUAGACACUAGAACCUAAAUUGUUCCCUAGAUAUUCUAUUUAAUAUAAUCAAGGUGUAUCAAUGUGAAGUGUUCAGUGAUAAUGAACUUAAAAGUAAUGGCAUAAUUGAAUAAAACAGAGAGAGAAUUGAA